CAGAAGAACAAAAAACUCAACAAAAAUUAAAGUAGAAAGAGAUGAUAAAGUUCAAGUCCAAGAGGUUUGGGAUUAGAUUUGGUUUUGGUAAAAGAACCAACAACAAAGGCACACAAGAAGAUCAACAACAAAAGGGAUUUGGAAAUAACAGCAACGAGUUUUGUUCCAGCAACAAUAAGAUCAGAUGGGAACAUAUGCCAGGAGGUAUGCUUUUUCAAAAGAGACAAGAAAGCGAUGGUGAAGAUUUAAUUUCCAUUAGAGUCUCUACUUUUGCUCAUUUCAAUGAUCUCUCCAUUGAAGCCACCUCCACUUUCGGUGAACUAAAGAUGGUACUAUCAUUGCUUACGGGUUUAGAGCCAAAACAACAACGGCUAUUGUUCAAUGGUGAAUAUCCACACAUAGUUGGUGUUACAGAAAAAAAGAAGAAGUGUUUUUGUUAGAAGGUCCUGCCUUCAUAGAGAAAAGGCUUAUUGAUCUUAACAACAUAUCCACUUCUUGUCCCACUAUAAUCGUAUAAACAACUAAACAAAUUUGACAAAUUUGUUGUUUGUUAACUUCUCGGUAAACAUAAAAUCAGCCAAGAAUAAUAAGUUGAUAGGAUUGUCAUGCCUAACGCAUAU